GUUUCCCUCAGUUUAUUAAAAAAAAAAAAAAUCCAACAUUUGUUUAUUUCAUGUACUCGUACCAAUCAAAAUGUCCUUGUCGUACUUAAUCAUUCUUUAUUCUACUCAAAACAAGCGAGACCACAAAUAAAUAUCAUCUCUUGAGAUCUGACCAGAGAUUCCUCUUCUCUUCCAAUGAAAACUUCAUCUUUUUGGGUAUUUCAUAUAUUCAAGUUUUGAAGUUAAUUUGUUAUUGGGUUCUCUUAAAUUUGUCCAUAGGCUCCACAGAUUUUUUGUGGAGGUGUAAAUUUCAAGUUUUUUUUUUUUAAGGAUUUUUUUUUGGUGAUGUCUUGUAAUUCUUCGGACCAGCCGGCUUUCUGUUCAACUGCUUCCCCUGAGCUGAAGCUCUACCAAGCUUUUAUCUUUUCAGUGCCAGUUUUCUUCACUUUCAUUCUCUUGUUGCUCUUCUGGGUCUUCUACUUGAGGAGGAGGAGAGCCAGCUGGCAAUCUAUGAGGAUGAGAGCCUCAAAUUUGAGCAGAGGAGAGAUCCCAAGAUAUAAUUCUGAAUCGGGCAUAAAGAAGGAAGUGAGGGAGAUGCUUCCGGUAGUUGUGUUCAAGGAGAGCUUCUUGAUUAGAGAAACACAAUGCUCUGUAUGCUUAGGUGAUUAUCAACCAGAAGAACGUCUUCAAAGAAUACCUUCCUGCGGUCACACUUUUCAUAUUGACUGUAUUGACCAUUGGCUUGUCAGCCACGCAACCUGCCCCCUCUGUCGAGUCUCGCUUCUUCCUGCAUCCAAAAUUUCAACUGAUCAACCAUAUCAAGAAAGCCAAACCAGCGAACCUCAACUGCAAGAACCAUCUUCUGGAGUCGAGAGAACAUGGGAUGAUGCUGGUACUGCACGACAAGCAGAAGAAACUGGCAGUUAUAAUGAUGAAGUGUCCAUUGUAAUUAAUAUAGACAGCCAUGGUAGCGUCGAAGACAAUGUUAGAACAGUGGAUAGAGUGUGAUAAAAUUUUCGGUUUUCCCCCCUUAUAUUAUCGAGAUUGUUUACAUCUCUGUACUGGAUAUUGUCAGCCCUGAGUACAAGUUGUACAACUUUGUAAAUUAAUUUAUUGAGAACUAUUUCCACUUUUAUA